GCUCAUUCUGCGCUCGUCCCGCCCUUUGGAUUGAUCCCAUUGUCCAUGGCGAUCCCGGAUCCGUGACGUCGACGGUACCGCCGAUCUACCCGCCCCCUUGCUCACGAGGACUGAUCGCCUGUUCGCGGCCCGAUGUUUUCCUUGGCCAAAAGCCGGAGAAGCCGGUGGUAUAUAGGGCACUGUGGGGGCCCCGCAUAACCAUCUCCGUUUAAUUUGUGUCCACUCUUGCGGGCCUCUAUCGUUCAGCGCGCGCUCACGAGUCACCAUGGCUCCGCUUACCGGCAAGCGACUCUACUACACGAUUAACUUUGUCGCUGGUCUCGCCAUCUUCUUCUUCGGCUAUGACCAAGGCAUGAUGGGCGGCGUGAACACAGCGCCGCACUAUGUGCAGACAAUGGGGCUCGGCUACUCGACGUACGAGGGUCCGUCUGAAGGUUAUGUCGCGACGAUCACGAAUCCUACACGGCAAGGCGGGAUUGUCAGUAUCUACUACUUGGGCACUCUCAUCGGGGCGUUGAUGGCUGGUGUCAUGGGAGACAGACUCGGACGCCUCAAGACCAUGAUUAUUGGCAGCAUUUGGGUUCUCAUUGGCGCCGCCCUCCAGUGUUCCGCCCAAAACAUCGCCUGGAUGCUCUGCGCACGCGUUAUCAAUGGGAUCGGUACCGGUUUCUUGAACGCCAUAGUGCCCGUGUGGAGCGCCGAAGUUGCGACGCACACCUCUCGCGGCGCGUUCAUCGCGAGCGAGUUCACACUCAACAUCUUUGGUGUCGUCGUUGCGUACUGGCUCGAGUUUGGCCUGGGAUUCGUUGGGGAUGGCAACACACAGAUUCGGUGGAGGUUCCCCAUCGCAUUCCAAAUCAUACCCGUGUUUGCGUUCAUGUUUGCUCUGAUAUGGAUGCCUGAAUCGCCCCGAUGGCUGCUCAAAGUCGGCCGCGUCGACGAAGCUCGCGAAAUCUUGUAUCGUAUCCGGAGCGAUGAGAUCGCAGCAGGCAACUCAGAUCUCGAAACCGAGAUACAAGGAAUCGUCGAAAUCGUCAACCUGGAGAAGGCGCACUCGAAGCAGAACUCGUACUGGUCGAUGUUCUGGGGCACUGGCUGGGGAGACCUGCACGUUGGGAGACGCGUUCAGCUCGCGAUUUGGUUGCAGAUCGUCCAAGAAUGGGUUGGUAUCGCAGCCGUUACUAUGUGGGCACCAACCAUCUUCGCGCAAGCUGGCUACAGCGCUCGCAAGUCUCAGUGGCUCUCCGGACUCAACGAUAUCACAUACUGCAUCAGCACCCUUGUCUCCAUCUUAACCAUCGACCGUUGGGGCCGUCGCUUCGGGCUCUACUGGGGCGCUGUAGGCCAAGGCAUCGCGAUGAUCCUCUCCGGCGCCUUUGGGCGCCUGCUUAGAGACCAUCCGGAGAAGGCGGCGCAAUACGGCGCUGCGUCUGCGUUCUGGAUCUUCGUAUACACGGCCGUGUUCGGUGCAACCUGGCUCACGAUACCCUGGGUGUACCCGACGGAGAUCUUCCCGCUUGAAGUGCGCGCGAAGGGGAACGCAUGGGGCGUCGUCGGGUGGAGCAUUGGCAACGGAUGGUUGACGUUGUUGAAUCCAGUCAUGUUCAACGCGAUUCAGGAGAACACACUGCACAUCUUCGGAGCGGUCAAUUUCCUGAGUAUCCCGAUGGUGUGGGCUUUCUAUCCCGAGACGGCCAACCGCACGCUGGAGGAGAUUGACCUGCUCUUCUCGAGCAAUAGUCCGUUCGCAUGGGACGAGGAGGCACACUUUGUGAAGCUCAAAGCACAACGUGCACAGGAUUUGAAGGAUGUCACAGACGACGGGAGCAGCAAGGACGGAGGAGAGAAGGCACACACGGAGCACGUCUAG